GAGGGAGGGCACCUCUCAGCCUGACGUACGGGCGCGCGGCAUCCUGGGAAGUGUAGUCUGGCUCGAAGUCGGACGCCCCCUCGGAUGAAUGGGCCCCCGCUGACUGCGAGCUACAGCUCUUCCUCCGUCAGCGUCGGUGGCGGCCGCGGGGAAGAGGGAGACUGCGGCGGCCCGAGGAGAGCAGCGUUCCGGGACGGUGGUGAUGUUCAGUGCCGCGGCGAAGCGGCAGCCAGGCUUCCUGGGGUAGCGGUCUAGGCGGGCGCUUCCUCUGCGCGCUCGCUCCCUCCGCCGCCCGGCCAUGCACCCGGCCUUCGCGGUGGGCCUGGUUUUCGCAGGCUGCUGCAGUAACGUGAUCUUCCUAGAGCUCCUGGCCCGGAGGCAUCCAGGAUGUGGGAACAUUGUGACGUUUGCACAAUUUUUAUUUAUUGCUGUGGAAGGCUUCCUCUUUGAAGCUGAUUUGGGAAGGAAGCGGCCAGCUAUCCCAAUAAGGUACUAUGCCGUGAUGGUGACCAUGUUCUUCACCGUCAGCGUGGUGAACAACUACGCCCUGAACCUCAACAUCGCCAUGCCGCUGCACAUGAUAUUUAGAUCCGGUUCCCUAAUUGCCAACAUGAUUCUAGGAAUUAUCAUUUUGAAGAAAAGAUACAGUAUAUUCAAAUAUACCUCCAUUGCCCUGGUGUCUGUGGGGAUAUUUAUUUGCACUUUCAUGUCAGCAAAGCAAGUGACUUCCGAGUCCAGCUCGAGUGAGAAUGAUGGAUUCCAGGCAUUUGCAUGGUGGUUGCUAGGUAUUGGGGCACUGACUUUUGCUCUUCUGAUGUCAGCAAGGAUGGGUAUUUUCCAAGAGACUCUCUACAAACAAUUCGGAAAACACUCCAAGGAGGCUUUGUUUUAUAAUCAUGCCCUUCCACUUCCUGGUUUCAUCUUCUUGGCAUCUGAUAUUUAUGACCAUGCAGUUCUAUUCAAUAAGUCUGAACUGUAUCAAGUUCCAGGCAUUGGUGUGACAGUGCCCAUCAUGUGGUUCUACCUCCUCAUGAAUGUCAUCACUCAGUACGUGUGCAUCCGCGGUGUGUUCAUCCUCACCACAGAGUGCGCCUCGCUCACCGUCACGCUCGUCGUGACUCUCCGCAAGUUCGUGAGCCUCAUUUUCUCCAUCUUGUACUUCCGGAACCCUUUCACCCUGUGGCACUGGCUGGGCACCUUGUUUGUCUUCCUUGGGACCCUCAUGUACACAGAGGUGUGGAACAACCUGGGGACCAGCAAAGGCCAGCCUCAGAAGGAGGACAAGAAGAACUGAGGCCUGCCUGGAGGAGCGAGAGCGGAGGCAGAGGGGAGCCGGCGCCGGCCAGCAUUUCACCUUGGUUCGCGCCGAAUUACCCCCCGAGCAUCGAACCAGCCCUGCACCAGAGGAUCCCCAGAGGGGGCUUCUCGGGUUUCUCAUGACUAUGAAGAUGGCAUUUGUGGACUCUGGAUUAGAAGCCCCUCAACCCUGAAACAGAAAAAACAGUUCUCUACGGUUGAACAGCCGGUCCAUUUGGUGUAUGUUUUGUUUACCAGAAUAUUCAGCACUGUGCUUACUGACGUCUGCGUCCCCAGAGCUGCUGGUUUUACAUCCGUGGUCUCGGACAAGAUGACCCCUUUUGUUGCUGUUCUGAAAACUCCCGGCCACAACAGUCAUUAUGCUCCUGUGGCCUUGUCCCCUUGUUCUGUCACCCUGCCACCCCUCAGCACAACUUUUCAGUCAGUCAGGCGCUUGAAGCACCUUCACCAGGAACAACAAGUGGCCAAAGGAACAGAGACACGGGUGACACUGGGGCUGGACCUUCUCUGCUGUGCUGGGGGAGAAGUGGUCGUCCCCAGGAGCCCUGCCGACACCGGAGCAGGCCCGCUGGGAAUCCUUUUCCACGUUUUGCUGGGGUUUUUUUUCCUAAGCAGAAGUCAUACACUUUCACACCUCCUGUGUUCUGUACUUAGAACAAACCUGCAGCAUCCCUCUACGGCUCAACAUUAAUAAGAAAGAGAGGUUGUGUAUGAAUUGGGAAAGACAGACAUAUCCGCUCAGUCUUCUACAUGCAGCGCAUCAGCCUGGAGCCGAGAUGGUAACGCCAGGAGGGCCCAGGAGAAGCCUGGCCCUGGUGGCACCCAGAGAGCCACGGCUCCCCUGCCGGGCUGGUUCCAAGUGGGCAGGUCUUUGAAAGGCUUCUUACUCAGAGAUUCAGCUCUGCCCGGCAUCUCUGAUAGAGUCAUGACUAGUCAGGCUAAUGAGUAAACCCGUUUCUAGUGGGUGUGAUGUGUCAAUCGGGCCAAAUCACAACCAACAUGGAAAGUUUUCCUCGUUAUUUAUUUUUUUAAUAAGGCAUCUUAAUGUUCUUGAUCGCUAUGUGGGGGUAUGUGUUUUAUUCUAUGUAGAAACAUGACCCUCUUUUGCUAAUCAUCUCAAAGGUCUGGUUUUCCUCCCAUGGGAUACUUUUGAGAGAGAGGACCAGGGUCAGGGUAGUGUGUGUAGGUGUGUGUGUGUGCUCUUGUGUGGUUUGUGAUCACUCAGGAGGAGAAUGGAGCACAGAAGUCAGUGUUUUUAUCUUCUGUUCUUCACUUAGCCUGGGCCUCCACCGCCUCACCCAGGUACGUGCUCUGGAGGCCAGCAGACUCACCAGCUCCUCUCUUUGCACCCGGACAGAGGCCUCUCCUUUUGCGCUGGAUGCAGGCUGUGUUCUUAGAUCAAGAGGCGGCUCUCUGGGUCUCCUGGGCUCGCCCAGGGGGAGGUGUGUUUAUUCCACUGUCGAGCUGUUCUCUGAUGGGGUUUGAGAUAAGUGUCCUAGAACCACUGGGUCACUUUGAGGAGGUCUCUUAAGCUGCCUUGGGGUUUUUGAUACCUAAAAUGUGGCUACUGUUUCUCCAAAGUCAGAGGGUUUUCAGAUCAAUUUGUUGACCUGGACAUGGACAGCUGUGCGGUGCCAGUGAGGGUCUGUGCUAAGCGAUGCUGAAUGAGGCGAAAACCUGUGCACGGACUCGAAAGGUACUGUCCUUGAACUAUGUAGAGGUCCUCAGACUGAUGGUGCUAUGAAUACCACGUGUUAAAUAUCCUCUUAAACAACAACAAAAGCUACUUUUCUUACUGUUUCGUAGCAGAACCUGUCCCUCGGGGCUGUUUGGUUGCUGCAUAUCUGGAGUCUUGACAGGAUAACUCUGGACAAAGCUUUACAUUUAUAGUAAUCACCCUUUUUAUGUUGAUGGGAAAUGUCACCUUUCCUAGUAACCGAAACAGUGUUGAUGUACACAGACAGCAUUUAACUGAGCCGAUUAGGUUUUAAAUUCUGGUUUUAGUGAGUAUGUGUUCCUUUCAGUCUGAAUACCUCUGUUGGUCUUAUUAACAGGAGGAUACGUGUGGGCACAUUAGGGCCCGCAUACAACACAAUGAGCGCGUGUAAGAACAGGAUGCUGGACAUGCUGUGGGAAUUGGCUUUUAUCUCUCGUCUUUGGAUAUAAGAAAAUACAUCUAACAGACGCCAAUUAAUAUUUUUAUAAACAAUUUAUUCCCCUUGGUUAACUUAGUUUUCAAUCCAGGCUGAAAUUGAUUUCAGCCCCUUUUAAAAGGGAAAAAAGACGUUUUGCAGAGGGUCAGAUACCCACUAACUGGAGGAGAAAGGUCUCUUAAAGUCCUCUCCUCUUUCUCUGGGUCAAGACUAUGUAAUUUUGUGCCCCACAGAUAGAGGGUGUAGUUUGUUAACAAAACCCUUAGAAGAUCAAAUAACAAAUGAGACCAGACAGAAAACAUACUGUGUGUGUGUGUGUACUUGUGUGCCCACUUCACAGCUUGACCAGAGUCCUAGAUGAGGUAACAGGAGAAAACAGUGGACAUGUGAAUUAUUUUAAUUUAAUGUCUACUCUUUACUACAAUUCUUGUCACAUUACAAAUGCUUUUUCAUUUUUUAAUAAGAAUUUAUUUUGACCCUUUAUUUGCUUUUUUAUCCAACUAAAACCAUUAAUGCACUUGAAAAGUUUCUAUCAAGUUCUAAAGUAUUUAGACACAAUUCAAAUAGUUGGAUUUUUUUGUACCUUCUUCCUGCCUAGUUAUCCAAAAUGAAAUGCUGUGGAGCUUGAAUUUGGUCAUUGCGUCAAGUGAAGAAAGACCGUGAAAGCUGAGUUGGUCUGUGCCACUUUCACCAAACCUUUUCCAUUCUUCUGGGAAGAUGACCUGAUAUAUUUUAAGGAUUCUAAUAAAUACCUUGUGGUCAUUUCCUGAGCACCUUUCCUCCCUUCUGCAUAUAUUUUUUAACUUCCUAACCCCCAUCUCCAGUUUCUUCAUCAGCCUCCGUUCACUUGGAUACUUUUCUGCUGAGUAACAGCUCUAUUCUUGUAUCUGUUUAUGCCUCUAUUCUUUGGGGCUUCUGGGUGUUUUUGUGGAUUUUUACAGGGUAUAUAUAUCUGUGUAGCGUGUAUUCUGUUAUACACUGUUAUAAGCACUGAUACUGGGGUGGGGGUGUCUGUGAUGAUGAGAAUAUCUGGUGGAAUAUAUGAGUAUAUGUGUAAUGAGUAUGAAUGUGAAGGGUUAAUGUAAAAAUGUUUAUAUAUUCUGUUACAGCUCAGGGUGGGGCUGAGAAUCCUUACCACCGUUCCUGUCUGUAUUUGGAAAACAGUAGUUUUCAUACUUUGCUCUUUUUAACCUACCUCCAGCUGAUUUCGCUCGCAGUGCCAGAUGCCUGUGGUGAGGGGAUGUGGAAAACACCAGGUCGGGAAUAACCGUAAACCAAUAAAUUAGCUCUGGGCCAGUGGACGUGCUCAUUGGUGGACCAGCUGGCAUGGCAGACAUUGUAGCAAAGACCUGAGCAUCUGACAGAUGCACAUGGAGAAGAAUGGCAUGGAGAUCUGAAAUCGAGAUCCUCCAUUUGUUGUAGUUUUUUCUCUUUGGCUAGGAGUAAACAGAAUUAUGAGUAAUUCUGCCCUUAUUAGAUAAACAAAGCAUUUUAUUCUCAAUAGCUUUAUCCUGAAAAGUGUGCGUGGAACUCAUCUGUGACAGUUCAUUCUUAGGUUGAAAGAACUGUCAGUAUAGAUAAAAUCCAUUGUUACUAACUGAUUGGUGUGACAUUUGAAAAUGAGUAUAAACAAUAUUUGUCAGUAAAAGAACUAGU